CUGCCAAUUCUAAGGCAUCGCUUUAAGUUCACAGAAGUUGCAGCUCACAACAGACUUCGAGCAGAGGACUUCAGCACCAGAGGCAAACAGCGGCAUGUGGAUGGAGAAACUCUGAAACUUCAAAGGGUUUAACUUCACUUUCAGUUUUAUCUGCACAGUGGAAAAACAGCAGACAGCCAAAUGCUGGAUUUAUUCUACAUUGUCACUUUCCUGACUUCAUUGCAAUUAUCAUGGGCUCAGAGCCCCAUGAAAAAUCACACCAAGCUUCAAAACUGGAUCCAGGUGGAGAACGGAAGAAAAAAUGCAUUCAACUUAGUCAAUAACAUAGACACACGAGGACUGACAGAGUGGACCUCCUGGUUCAAUAUUGAUCACCCUGGCGGUAAUGGGGACUAUGAGCGCCUGGAGGCCAUCCAGUUUUAUUAUCGUGAGCGUAUGUGUGCAAACCCUGUUGCAAUUGAAGUUAGGACCACUGAGUGGCUGACACCAGCUGAAGCAGGAGAAGUGGUGCAUUACUCGCUACAGAAAGGAUUUUGGUGCAUCAACAAAGAACAGCCUGAUGGGAAGGCAUGCUCGAACUAUCACGUCAGAUUCCAGUGCCCUUUAGAUUGGGACUACUGGUCCAACUGGUCUGGUUGGAGUGCCUGUUCAGAAACAACCUGUGGAGGAGCAGGGAUUCAAACCCGGAAUCGCACCUGUUUGAGCACCAACACAUUCAAGCCCACAAGAGUUCCCAAGUGUCAUGGACACUACAUUCAGCGUCAAGAAUGCAGCACUGCUCCCUGUCCAGAUGCAAAGUGGAGUGAAUGGGGACCAUGGGGACCAUGCUCGGUAAAAUGUGGCGGGGGCUUCCAGACACGGCGCAGAAGAUGCAUGAAGUUUAUGAGCUCUCAGACUUGCCUUGGAAAGGGACGCCCUGUGGAAGUACAAGCCUGUUCUAGAACACCCUGCCCAACAGCUAAUCCUGCUAAUAAACGUGGAAUUAAGAGGCGUCUCAAGUUUAAGAAAGACAAAGCAUGUCAGCUCAUUUGUGCUAAAGGUCGGGUGAAUGAUGACUGCACUGGUUGCAUAUGUGAUGAUCAUGUACUGAUGGGUUUAGUCCUGACCCAUGAAGGAGGCCCAAUCGCUGCUGCCAGAGUGUCUAUGGAAAACAGGCCUGGAGUGACUCUUGCAAGGACAGAUGACAAAGGCUCAUUCCAUGUUUCUGGAGUUUGCUUGGACAAAGAGUUCAACGUCACCAUUGUAAGGGAGAAGUAUGCACCAGGAAGAUUUCCGGCAACCAGUAAUGGGACGAGUGUGUUCGUUGUGCACGCUGUUCUCGGAAGAGUAGAGAAGCCUUAUAUUACAUCUCAUCCAGAAUCAAAGACUCGAAUGGAGGGCCAGCGUGUGACAUUAUGCUGCAAAGCUUCAGGAAACCCAGAACCAGACAAGUAUUACUGGUACCACAAUGGGACACUCUUAGACAGAAAGAUUUACAAUUAUGAUGAGAACCUGAUCCUGAAGCAGCUGAAGUCGUGGCAGAGGGGAGAAUACAUCUGCAAAGCAAGCAAUGAAAUUGGAGUUAUAAAGUCAUCGCCUGCGUAUCUCACUGUACUUGCAAGUGGAGAACAAAUCUGUGAUUCCAAGCCAGAAUCUCAUCUCAUAAAAUUACCAAUUGACUGUUUUCAGACUGCAACAAAUUCAUUCUAUUAUAAUGUUGGCAAGUGCUCAAAUAAAAGGUGUGCUGGGGAACUGGAUUAUGACCUCAGGUGUAAGGACACUACCGAAUUCUGUUGUGGAGUUGCCCGCAUGACAAUGCAGGAGGUCCAGUGCCAGGGGUACGUGCUCCCUGUAAAGGUAGUUGACCAGUGUGGCUGUGAGAAGUGUGUACUGCCAAAAAUUUUACUCAGAGGGAGGGUCAUAGCUGCAGAUGAUGGCGAACCUCUCAGAUUUGGCCACGUCUUUGUUGAUAAUGAACAAGUUGCAAUAACCGGCUUCAAGGGUGCUUUCACAAUUCAGGUACCGCCAGACACAGAAAGACUGGUUGUCAAAUUUGUUGACAGGGAAGAGAAAUUUGUGGAAACCAUUAAAGUGUUUCCUUUCGAUCGAAAAGGAGGAGAUGUGUACCAUACUGUUUCAGUAAUGCGUAAAAAGGAACCAAUUGAUCUAGAUGCCAGUAAAACAAACACCAUCCUCUUAGGGGAAAAAGAAGGUGAUGGCCCAAUGGGUGAGAUGGUGUUACCAUCAGGAACAUUCCGCAGGCCCAGUGGUGAAAUCUAUAAUGGGACAGUUAAAGCAAGUGUUACAUUUCUAGACCCAAGGGACAUCACAACAGCUGCAGCAGCUCCUAGUGAUUUGAACUUUGUUGAUAAUGAGGGGGACAUUUUGCCACUGAGGACAUAUGGAAUGUUUUCAGUAGAUUUCCGGGAGGAAGCCUCUAAAGAAGUCCUUGAGGCAAAUAAUGUGGAAGUACGCAUGGAUGUAGAGCAAAUUAAAAUGCCAGAACAUAUUGAAAAGAUGAAACUGUGGUCCCUGAAUCCAGACACUGGCUUGUGGGAGGAGGAGAGUGAGUUUCAGUUCAUAAAGAGCAAAAGAAAGAAACGAGAGGAAAGAGUAUUCUUAAUCGGUAAUAUGGAAAUCCGUGAGCGACGUAUGUUUAACUUAGAUGUUCCAGAAAAUCGACGCUGCUAUGUAAAAGUAAGAGCAUACAUGAAUGAGAAAUUUCUUCCUCAUGAGCAACUACAGGGAAUUGUAAUUAGCUUGAUAAAUCUAGAGCCAAAGCCAGGCUACACAGCGAAUCCCAGGGCAUGGGGCCGUUUUGACAGUGUUAUUACUGGACCUAAUGGAGCUUGCUUACCUGCUUUUUGUGAUGCUCAAAAGCCUGAUGCAUAUACAGCAUAUGUUACUGCCACACUUGGAGGUGAGGAAUUAGAGCCACCUGAAUCUAGUCCUAAAUUAAACCCAAAUGUCAUUGGCGUAUCUCAGCCAUAUCUUCAUAAACUUGGUUACAGAAGAACGGAUCAUGACGAUCUUAGCUUGAAGAAAACAGCUUUUAAGAUUAACCUAGCCAAACCGAACCCUAACAAUAUUGAUGAAACUGAUGGCCCUAUAUAUGCUUACCGGAAUGUUAAAGACUGUGAGAAUGCUCCUGUCUCAGCAAAUCAUUUCCGUUUUUAUCGUGUAGAAGGACACAAAUAUGAGUACAAUGUAAUACCUUUUCAAGAAAAUGAUUUGACAUCUUGGACAGGGGACUAUCUUUCUUGGUGGCCAAAUCCACAGGAAUUUAGAGCUUGUUAUAUUAAAGUUAAAAUCAAUGGGCCACAUGAGUACAUGGUGAGAUCAAUAAAUGAUGGAGGAACACAUUAUCGUACUAAAGGACAGCUAUAUGGAAUCCGAGAUAUACGCACUGUCAAUGAUAUGAGAAUUCCCAACAUUUCUACAGCUUGUCUUGAAUUCAAAUGUAGUGGAAUGCUGUUUGAUCAAAACAUAGUGGACCGUACUUCAGUAUCAGUUAUGCCACAAGGUAGCUGUCGUCGUACAGGCAUAAAUAGCCUGUUUCAGGAGUAUCUUUUUAAACAUCCACCUCAAAUGACAAAUAAUGACUCUGCUCUUUUCAAUAUGCUUGCUCCAGUUGACCCACUGGGUCAUAAUUAUGGGAUUUAUACUGUUACAGACCAAAAUCCAAGGCUAGCAAAAGAGAUUGCUAUUGGACGAUGUUUUGAUGGCACAUCAGAUGGCUUUUCAAGAGAAAUGAAGGCUGACAGGGGCAUUGCUGUGACAUUUACUUGCAGAGAAAAACCUGCAACUCAAGAGACUUUAUUCCAGAGACUCCAGAACUCACCAUUGUUAACCCUUUCACAAGUAGGGCGCGACAUGCGAGAAAAUGGACAGCUUCAAGGAAGACCUUCACAAAUAGUGGCCUAUCCUUCAGUAAGACGAGGCCAGACAAGAAGAGUUUUCACCAGCAGAAGACGACCUGGAAUGUUACGUAGACAGGCUCAAUAAUAAUCUAAAAGUCAAGUGUACAUUUCUCUUUCAAACAUAACAGAACUGUAAAAAAACUUUCAAAAGGAAAGUGUCACAGCUUUUAAUUAAGUUGUUUUGACAUUGAAAACCUACAGACAUAUAGACUGAGAUGUAUUUUUUUUUGUUGAUGGAAAAAUAGCUUACCUCAAUGUGCAAUAUGCUUCAUUAAAUGGAAUAACUGGCAAACAAUAUGAUUUUUUUAAGCUUUUCACCUCAUAUCAGUCCUGAGCCUAUGAUCUGUUACAAGGCAAUGUGGUAGUAAAGAAUAGUUGUAUAAAAUCUUAUCAUAAAGAUAGAUGUCCUUCUCUUUUCUGUUGCAGUAUUCAUAACAUGAGGGCUGCAGCUAACCCGAUGUUGGCCAGUAUACAAAAGUCUUUCACUACUGUAGAAUGUGUGGUACAUCACACGUAAGUUGCUAUUGUACAUCGGCCAUAAAAGUGAUAUACACAAUCAUCUACCUCUUAACUGAAUGCCCCAGGAGGGAGCCAGCCUAAGGAAAGUGGGGUAUGACCAUCCAAGGGAAGGAACCAAACCGCCAGGGGGAAGGCUACAGGGAUUGGAAUACUGCAACUGAGAAGAGAAGGACAUCUAUUGUUAAGGGCAGAUUUGACACAACUAUUCUAUGUCCUUCUAUUCAUCUGUUACAGUAUUCUUAACAUGAGGGAGAAUACAAAAGCUCAUGAAGAAAUGGUGGAGGAAGAGGCAGUAGAGCUCUCCAGGAACCCAUGGAGUAUGGCUCUGGCAAACCUUGCUCUGGACUUAGAAAUGCCACUGAAUUUGUAAUGUUUAGUGAUGGUAUGUAGAGAGGUCCAUGUAGCUGCUUUGAGAAUAGAGUUGUUGUCCAAUGCCUUGAAGAAAGCACCUGACGAGGAUACAGCCCAAGUGGAAUGGGCCUUAAUAGAAGAAGCAAGGGUUUUACUAUGCUUCACAUAGCAGAAUUAAAUAGCCUUAGAAAUCCAAGUAGAAAUAGUCUGUUUGGAAACAGGCAUUCCCAGAACCCUUGGAUGAUAGGAAACAAAGAAUUGGUCUGACUUUCUAAUAGCUUUGGUCUUGUCUAAGUAAACUCUAAGUUGUCUUUGCACAUCCAGGGUGUGCAUCACCUUCACUAAAAUUUUGUGCAGAAAGAAAGAAAGACAGUAGGUAACUAAAUGGAUUGGUUGACUGACAAUUCAUUGACUACCUUGGGCAUAAAAGAAGGGUUGGUAUGCAUGGAGACCCUGUCUUUAUGGAAAAC